AGGGUUUGGACAGCAACCUCUGCUUUCCUCUCCAGCUGGGAGACUGGCAUCUCUUUUGAGCUGCUGUACUUCCCUCUCUCUAGGCAGAGCCUGACUGCUCUUUUGGUUCAAAAGGGAAUGGCUUAAGCAAAUCUAACUUUAGGGAAUUUGCCAAGCCAGGGUUAAGGAGCACGAAUCCAACAGGUUUGGAGUGGUGCUUUGAAAGAGCAGCAAAUGGCCUGGCUGCUGCUCUCUUGUUCCUCCCUGAAGCCUGAGCUCUGCCCAGCUAGUGAAGGACAAAGGGGGCGCUUUCAGCCUCUGUAAAUAGCCUAUUGUACAAGGGGAGGAGGCGGGGCACGGAAUGGCAGCAUCUUGCCAGCUUGGGUUGCUGCGUUAAGGAAAGAUGUCAGGCUUUUUAAAUUUGCCACUGCAGGGGCAAGGGUGUUAUUUAUAUGGGUUUGUUUGAGGGCUGCAUUCCUAGUGAAGUAUUCCAUCGAACUGCCAUUAUUCAUCUUGAUGAAAGCUUGAGGAACUUUAGAAGGAGAGAAACAUCCAGACCACCCGGUUUUUGGUUUCUAAAUGACAUGAAGAGAAUACAAUGUUAAUAAUUCAGCUUAGAGAACUAUCAACACAGGACAAUGCAAGCCCACGAGCUGUUCCGGUAUUUUCGAAUGCCAGAGCUGGUUGACUUCCGACAGUACGUGCGUACUCUUCCGACCAACACGCUUAUGGGCUUCGGAGCUUUUGCAGCACUCACCACCUUCUGGUACGCCACGAGACCCAAACCCCUGAAGCCGCCAUGCGACCUCUCCAUGCAGUCAGUGGAAGUGGCGGGUAGUGGUGGUGCACGAAGAUCCGCACUACUUGACAGCGACGAGCCCUUGGUGUAUUUCUAUGAUGAUGUCACAACAUUAUACGAAGGUUUCCAGAGGGGAAUACAGGUGUCAAAUAACGGCCCUUGUUUAGGCUCUCGGAAACCAGACCAACCCUAUGAAUGGCUUUCAUAUAAACAGGUUGCAGAAUUGUCGGAGUGCAUAGGCUCAGCACUGAUCCAGAAGGGCUUCAAGACCGCCCCAGAUCAGUUCAUUGGCAUCUUUGCUCAAAAUAGACCUGAGUGGGUGAUUAUUGAACAAGGAUGCUUUGCUUAUUCGAUGGUGAUCGUUCCACUUUAUGAUACCCUUGGAAAUGAAGCCAUCACGUACAUAGUCAACAAAGCUGAACUCUCUCUGGUUUUUGUUGACAAGCCAGAGAAGGCCAAACUCUUAUUAGAGGGUGUAGAAAAUAAGUUAAUACCAGGCCUUAAAAUCAUAGUUGUCAUGGAUGCCUACGGCAGUGAACUGGUGGAACGAGGCCAGAGGUGUGGGGUGGAAGUCACCAGCAUGAAGGCGAUGGAGGACCUGGGAAGAGCCAACAGACGGAAUCCCAAGCCUCCAGCACCUGAAGAUCUUGCAGUAAUUUGUUUCACAAGUGGAACUACAGGCAACCCCAAAGGAGCAAUGGUCACUCAUCGAAACAUAGUGAGCGAUUGUUCAGCUUUUGUGAAAGCAACAGAGAAUACGGUCAAUCCUUGCCCAGAUGAUACUUUGAUAUCUUUCUUGCCUCUCGCCCAUAUGUUUGAGAGAGUUGUAGAGUGUGUAAUGCUGUGUCAUGGAGCUAAAAUUGGAUUUUUCCAAGGAGAUAUCAGGCUGCUCAUGGAUGACCUCAAGGUGCUUCAACCCACUGUCUUCCCCGUGGUUCCAAGACUGCUGAACCGGAUGUUUGACCGAAUUUUCGGACAAGCAAACACCACGCUGAAGCGAUGGCUCUUGGACUUUGCCUCCAAGAGGAAAGAAGCAGAGCUUCGCAGCGGCAUCAUCAGAAACAACAGCCUGUGGGACCGGCUGAUCUUCCACAAAGUACAGUCGAGCCUGGGCGGAAGAGUCCGGCUGAUGGUGACAGGAGCGGCCCCAGUGUCUGCCACUGUGCUGACGUUCCUCAGAGCAGCCCUGGGCUGUCAGUUUUAUGAAGGCUACGGACAGACCGAGUGCACUGCCGGGUGCUGCCUGACCAUGCCUGGAGACUGGACCGCAGGCCAUGUUGGGGCCCCGAUGCCGUGCAAUUUGAUAAAACUUGUUGAUGUGGAAGAAAUGAAUUACAUGGCUGCCGAGGGCGAGGGCGAGGUGUGUGUGAAAGGGCCAAAUGUAUUUCAGGGCUACUUGAAGGACCCAGCGAAAACAGCAGAAGCUUUGGACAAAGACGGCUGGUUACACACAGGGGACAUUGGAAAAUGGUUACCAAAUGGCACCUUGAAAAUUAUCGACCGGAAAAAGCACAUAUUUAAGCUGGCACAAGGAGAAUACAUAGCCCCUGAAAAGAUUGAAAAUAUCUACGUGCGAAGUGAGCCUGUUGCUCAGGUGUUUGUCCACGGAGAAAGCCUGCAGGCAUUUCUCAUUGCAAUUGUGGUACCAGAUGUUGAGACAUUAUGUUCCUGGGCCCAAAAGAGAGGAUUUGAAGGGUCGUUUGAGGAACUGUGCAGAAAUAAGGAUGUCAAAAAAGCUAUCCUCGAAGAUAUGGUGAGACUUGGGAAGGAUUCUGGUCUGAAACCAUUUGAACAGGUCAAAGGCAUCACAUUGCACCCUGAAUUAUUUUCUAUCGACAAUGGCCUUCUGACUCCAACAAUGAAGGCGAAAAGGCCAGAGCUGCGGAACUAUUUCAGGUCGCAGAUAGAUGAACUCUAUUCCACUAUCAAGGUUUAGUGUGAAGAAGAAAGCUCAGAGGAAAUGGCACAGUUCCACAGUCUCUUCUCCUGCUGAUGGCCUUCAUGUUGUUAAUUUUGAAUACAGCAAGUGUAGGGAAGGAAGCGUUCGUGUUUGACUUGUCCAUUCGGGGUUCUUCUCAUAGGAAUGCUAGAGGAAACAGAACACUGCCUUACAGUCACCUCGUGUUGCAGACCAUGUUUAUGGUAAUACACACUUUCCAAAAUGAGCCUUAAAAAUUGUAAAGGGGAUACUAUAAAUGUGCUAAGUUAUUUGAGACUUCCUCAGUUUAAAAAGUGGGUUUUAAAUCUUCUGUCUCCCUGUUUUUCUAAUCAAGGGGUUAGGACUUUGCUAUCUCUGAGAUGUCUGCUACUUGCUGCAAAUUCUGCAGCUGUCUGCUGCUCUAAAGAGUACAGUGCACUAGAGGGAAGUGUUCCCUUUAAAAAUAAGAACAACUGUCCUGGCUGGAGAAUCUCACAAGCGGACCAGAGAUCUUUUUAAAUCCCUGCUACUGUCCCUUCUCACAGGCAUUCACAGAACCCUUCUGAUUCGUAAGGGUUACGAAACUCAUGUUCUUCUUCAGUCCCCUGUGGUUUCUGUUGGAGCAUAAGGUUUCCAGUAAGCGGGAGGGCAGAUCCAACUCAGAACCAUGCAGAUAAGGAGCCUCUGGCAAAUGGGUGCUCAUCAGAACGCGUGGAUUCUCUUUCAUGGCAGAAUGCUCUUGGACUCGGUUCUCCAGGCCUGAUUCCCCCACUCCAUCCUUUUUCAGGGGUUAUUUAAAAAUCUGCCUUAGAUUCUAUAGUGAAGACAAGCAUUUCAGGAAAGAGUUACCUGGAUCAGCCAUGCUCAGCUGUGACGCCUGAAUAACUGUCUACUUUAUCUUCACUGAACCACUCACUCUGUGUAAAGGCCAACAGAUUUUUAAUGUGGUUUUCAUAUCAAAAGAUCAUGUUGGGAUUAACUUGCCUUUUUCCCCAAAAAAUAAACUCUCAGGCAAGCAUUUCUUUAAAGCUAUUAAGGGAGUAUAUACUUGAGUACUUAUUGAAAUGGACAGUAAUAAGCAAAUGUUCUUAUAAUGCUACCUGAUUUCUAUGAAAUGUGUUUGACAAGCCAAAAUUCUAGGAUGUAGAAAUCUGGAAAGUUCAUUUCCUGGGAUUCACUUCUCCAGGGAUUUUUUAAAGUUAAUUUGGGAAAUUAACAGCAGUUCACUUUAUUGUGAGUCUUUGCCACAUUUGACUGAAUUGAGCUGUCAUUUGUACAUUUAAAGCAGCUGUUUUGGGGUAUGUGAGAGUACAUGUAUUAUAUACAAGCACAACAGGGCUUGCACUAAAGAAUUGUCAUUGUAAUAACACUAUUUGGUAGCCUAACUUCAUAUAUGUAUUCUUAAUUGCACAAAAAGUCAAUAAUUUGUCACCUUGGGGUUUUGAAUGUUUGCUUUAAGUGUUGGCUAUUUCUAUGUUUUAUAAACCAAAACAAAAUUUCCAAAAACAAUGAAGGAAACCAAAAUAAAUAUUUCUGCAUUUCA